UCUAUUUUUUUUUAUACCUUGACUGAUGAUUGCUAAGACAACUCUUUAAACCAUCUCAGCGUGAAUAGUGUUCAGAUAUUGCGCUCUCUUUCUCCACAUUCAAUAAAAACGUCUAAACUACUGUCAACGUUUUACGUGUUAUCUCGCUAUAAUCAUUUUAAAACCAAUUAAGAUGGAGGAUUUAGAAACCCGAGCAAAGAUGGAUAAACGCAUAGACAAUUUUCUGAAGUUUUUAAAAAAAGAAGAAAAAGAAAAUCAGACCCUGGAUCAUGCUGUUGCUGUAAAAACGAUAAAAAAAUCAAAACCACGCUUUACAUGCAGUGUUUGCGGCAGUUCAUUUAAAGAAAAACAUCAUAUUUUGCGUCACUGUAAAAUACACUUGAAUGAAAAACCAUUUAUGUGCGAUGUUUGUAAAAAAACGUUUAGAGAUCAGUCAAAUUAUACUAACCAUAUUUACACUCACACCGACGAAAAAAGAUUCCAAUGCGCCCAGUGUGGGAAAAAGUUUAUAAAAAAAGACAAUUUAGUAGUUCAUUGUAGAACACACUCCCACGAGAAACCUUACAAUUGUAAUGUAUGCAAUAAAUCAUUUACUACAAGUGGAAAUUGUAGGAGACACUUCCAAAAUAAACAUAAAAAGAUUAUAGAUAUAUGAA